AUGGGACAAUUAUCUAUCACUCCGGAACCAGAAUCACACCCGUCAUCGAUUUCGGACUUGGCUGAUUAUUCGUUCAGCCCAACUAAACCCUUUGAAGCCUUUAACGUCAUUCGAGAAGAAUUUGCAAAGUGUUCCAAUCACCCUCCGGCUCGGUAUGUGAAGACUUUUACACUGUCGACUUGGAACCCACCUCCUCACCCGCUCCGACUACAAGGUCAUCAUUUAUAUUUGACCCUCACCACCCUCGAAAGCGAGACAUUCCAGCUCACGUGCCAUACCAAAGGGUUCUACAUUAACAAAUGCACCAAAUCACACUUCGAUCCAUCCCCUCGAGCUUCAAGUCCCUCCUCAUCAAAAGCCACUUUUUACCACUCUCUAUUUCAACUCAUCUGUUCAAUCUCGCCAUUGUUCGCUACUCGGCUCUCCGAAACUUGGAGUCGAGCUCUAAGCCCAUCUCUUCCGGAUUUCUUCUCCUCGAUUCCGAUCACCAAUUGCACUCCAGCAUACCCUUGGCUAGUCAAUCCUCCGAAGCAUACUGCCGAUGGACUUCGCCCUCAACUCGCCUUCCUUCUCACAGGAAGUGUGACAGCAGAAUGUCUUCCCCUGGCUCGAGAUUGGGCAGAUGAAUUUGCUCAGGUUCGAGAAUUACCCAGGAAGACGUUGCCGGAACGUACUUUACGUGAGCGACUGUGGAAUCGUCUUCAAUUCGAUUUUACCAUGGCGGCCACUAGGAGCGUGAUUGCUUGCAAUGCUGGCGAUGUUCCACCUCUGAAUCCACAUGAACCAGAGACUGCGUGGACAUUUGUUCAGAACAACAUGCUGAUCAGUCGAGCUGCAGAUCCGAUUGCAGCUUAUGACCACCUAGGUGGCGCAGUGGCUGCACGUGCAAUAGCUAGCAAAGACUUGACAAAUAUCAAGCACCUCAACGAGCUCGAUAUUCCGGGUGUCUAUACUAUGGGUAGCGCAGUGGUUGAUUAUCACGGUAAACGUUGGAUUGUACAAGGUAUGAUCCCCGGAAUCUUCCGCCCACCGGACUUUGAAGCCGAGGCGGCCAAACUGCUUGCUGCCAUCGACACCACCCCCAAGGAUGAUGCAUCAAAAGAAUCGGAGCCUGCAGGGAAGCCGCAAGGGGAGGAUGGAAAGCAUGUAGAUGACGAAGCUGAAUGGGAAGAUGUGGAAGGAUCAGAUGCCCCCGAAAUGGGCUUAAGGUCGGAUCCACAAUUCCACAAGCUAGCCGCCAAGGUCGCAAGCGGAUUUAACCUUCUCGAACACAAGGUCACCGAUUUGACUGGUAACGCUCAUCAGCUAUGGCUCAGCGCUGAUAUUCAUGGAAUUAAAGCUACUGACGGUAGAUAUUACCUCAUUGAUCUUUAUCGUAUGACACCGCUCGAUGUACUGUUCCUCAAAAACGAUUUCAAGGGUCCGAUUUUGAACGAACCUCCUCCUAACCCUGAAUCCGUUGAGGGUACCGACAGUGACGUGACACAGGUUGCUCCAGAAUACCCUCACCGUUUUACCCUCAUACGUUCCGAAGCUGUCUCGGCAUUCAAAACAUACAAGUUUCGAGUUUUUGCUCUUGAUCAACUUACCAAGCGUCAGAAAGAGGCGUCGGAAGCUCCAUCUGACACUACGGAUGGCGAAACGAAAAAGAGCCAACCCCCCAAGGCCAAUGGCGCAAUAUUAGAAGAAGAUUUUAAGUUUGGCUUAAACCCCGAUGCGUGCGUUGAUCGAAAAAGCCAGCCUUGGGAGACAUCGGUCGACAAAGAUGAGGAGCAGAUUGCCACCGUCAAGGAACUGUCAAGCUUCGUCCGACAACAACUUUUGCCCACUGUGGUACAAGAGUUAUGUGAAGUAAAAGGGUUACCGGCAGAUGGAAAACGUGUGAGCGACUUGUUACAUUCGCAUGGUGUGAAUAUUCGAUAUCUUGGGCAUGUGGCACACCAACUCGAGUCAGCUGCCAACAGUUUUGGUGUCGCAACUGAUCAUAAGGAUGAUCAGCUCGUGGUCUUGAAAGCCAACAUCGGAAUGUUGCACAGCGAAAUGGUCUUCAGAGCUUGCAAACACAUCUUGAACCGCUUACUAGAACAAAGUUCCCCAGCUGGAACAUCUCAUUGCAUUUCACAUUUCUUAAACUGUUUGCUUGGUACUUCUCCUGCUAUUCCUCACGAAGCUGAUUGCUUCGAUAGUGAUGCACAAUGGAUAUCUUACACCAAAGAAGGCCUUCAAGCUGAAAUCGUCCAAGAGGUUCGAAGUCGAUACCGCUAUGCGCUCCCAGCGAGCUUCUUCAGCGAGCGAUUAUCUGUGACAAAAACGCAGAUGCUACGUGAGCUUUGCACGCGGAUGGGUAUUCAGCUUGCUUUGAAGGAUUACCAGCUCUCUGAACCGGUAGUGGAGGCAGCUCCUCCGCCUGCCCACGUGCAUUCAACCGAUGAAGAAGAAGCGUCGGCAGACAGCACACCGAUCGCUGAAGGGGCAGUAUCAAGCUCGAACAAGAACAAAAAGAAGAAAAAGUCAAAGGCCAAGAAGCCAGCCACAAAUUUCGGUACCGACAAUUCCAUCGCUACUCAAACCUUUUCCCCUAUGGAUGUAUUAAAUCUUCUACCGAUCGUAAGGGAUUCGACCUGCCGUAGCUCAGUGGCUGAUGAACUUUACGCCGAAGGACGAAAAGCUUUCCAUGCAGGCCACAUCGGAUUAGGUCAAGAGCUGUGUAAUGAUGCGCUGACAACAUACGAACAAGUCUUUGGUUCAGUUCACCCUGAGAUGUGUCGACACUGGCAUUCGCUGGCGAUCAUCUACCAUCAACUUUAUCAGCGUGCGUUGAUGGAGUUGACCGAGCACAACGACCGUUUGGAAGAACUGAAGUUACACGUUGAAGGCAUGAAGGUUGAGGUUGAAAGCUAUGUACAAUUGGCUGCUCAGAACUUACGACAGAGUGUGAUCGUGGCUGAGCGAACGUUGGGGCUCGACCAUCCCGAAACCAUUCAACAAUACUCUGACCUAUCGGUGAUGGAAUAUACUCUGGGUAACACGAAGACAGCAAUGAGGUACACAAAGCACGCAUUGGAUCUCUGGUACCUAAUCUAUGGACCAGGAUGCCAUCCCAACGGUUCAGCCGUGGUGACCCAUGCCGGCUACCUUACCCAAACCAACUUAGAAGCAUCAAAGCAUUUGAGACCAGAAUCCAUCUUUGAAUUGUCUCAAGUCUUGAUUGGAAGUUUCUAUGGUCAAUCGUCCGGUAAGUUUGCCGAAGCGACUCUGAUCCUUUCACAAGUAUACGCCCAGGGUGCUCGAAAAGAUCUAGCCGUCAGGUAUGGUGAACAGGCUAGCCAGUUGUUUAAGGAUCGGUGUGGAGCAGACCAUGAGCAAACCAAACUGGCUAUUCAAUUCACUGAAGCAAUCAAUAAAUCAAUCGAGGCUCAAAUCAAAGGAGAUGAAGAGAAAAGUGCUCGAUUGGCAAAGAGACUUGGGUUAGACCCUAAACGAGCAGCGACUCUUCGAGCACGCCUAACUGCCUCUUCAAGUCACUCGACUCAAACCAAUGGUCGACACCAAGAAAGCAUCAAGUCGGACUUGAGAGUACCUUCCUCUUCGAAACCUAUCGCCUCCACUUCGAAGAUCAGUUACCCACGUAAGUUUGAUCUAAAUUCUCUACAAACAGAUUAA